AUGACUGCGGACGGCAACCUGGAGAGAAUCCGGGAGGAUCUAAUUCGGCGCGCACGAAUGGAGAGAGGUUUUGACCUGGAGCAGGGUCUACCGCAUGGGAACUCUCCCGAAGAACUGGGCGAGGAAGAGGAGCGAGCUCGCGGAGGCCUGGCAGGCCUGUUCACCCGCAUGAACGAGCGCAGGCAGCAGCGGCAGCAAAUGCCUGAGGUCGAGGUUGUCGAGGAGCCCAAAUCGCCAGUCGUCGUUCAGCAGGCAGCUGGCCAUCGGUUCACCCUCCCCAGGUUCAGCCGCUUCUGGGCCAGCGGCGCCAACGGGCCAGGAUCUCCAGCGCCAUCGCACUCCGAGUGGCCGUCUGCUCUUCCGACGUUUAAUACAGACCACCAAGCCGGGGGUCUUUCCCCGCCACAGCUAGCCACACAUGCGCGGUCAACCAUCCGGGCACCGUCGAGUUUCUACUCCAGCAUGGAGGAUGUGUCCACCAGUCAGGACACAUCCUCCUCACGGCCAAGACAUGAGCGUCGGCACGGUCGCCGCCGGCAUAAACACAAGAAGAGAGGCCAUCAUCGUGGGAGUCGGAAGCGAUCGAAGAAGCAGCCGAAGAGGUUUCUCGGUUGCUUCCCCUGGGUCAAGUCGCGGGAGAUGCGUGCCCAAAUCCUACGAUGCUUUGUCACCGGUUUAUUCUUGGUCUCUCUUCUAUCAGUUUAUCUCGCUCUAUCGUUGACAAAGAACAUCCAAAUGGGAGACUUCACAAUUGUUCUCAUCGUCAUCAUUGUCUUGGGCACACUGAUAUUCUGUUAUGGUCUGGUCCGCCUGUGCGUCUUGGUUCUACGACGAGAUCGCGAGCGGGUGCGGGAGACAACCCGACCGGAACCCUGGACACCUGGCGUAUACAAAAUUCCCGAGGAGCCGAUACAAGUUCGAUUGGCCAGCGACGAGGAGGCGGUGGGCGCUGUCAAGGACAAGAAGAAAGUCACUCCACCCGCAUAUGGCAUGUGGCGGGAGAGUGUGCGAGCUGACCCUGACCGGUUAUAUUGGAAGCGCAACGAGGAGACGGUUCCAAGCAUGCCAGAACCGACGGCGGCGAGAGCUGGUCCUCGGCCGCCGUCUUAUGCUUCAGACGAUGGUGUAUCAUAUGUGGUCGAGGCUGUUCCUCGAUCGGUUGCACCAUCAUCCACAGAAUCAAUGCCACCUCAUCCCUCUGAAGUUGAUAGAAUUAGCCACAACAGAGCGGCCUGGUAG